UCACCCAAGCUCUAUAUUCUCUAGCUUUACAUUCUUCUACUCUUGCUAAUUUUUUAUUUUUUUAUGCUAUGGAGGAAAUUCAUUUUCAGACAAAAGUAAACAAUAACAACUCAAGUGCUCCCACCCAAGGCUUGAAACUCUUUGGCUUUAAUGUCGUACAAGAUCACAAAAAUGUGAACCCUACCAACACACACUCCGCUUCCUCGGACUCGAGCAAUUUUCCGACAAAUCACAAGUUCGAGUGCCAAUAUUGUUGUCGUGAAUUCGCCAACUCACAAGCCCUAGGUGGUCACCAAAAUGCUCACAAAAAAGAGAGACAAGAGCUCAAACGAGCUCAAAUGCAAGCUACACGUAACGCGGCCGUUACGUACAUGAGGAACCCUAUCGUGUCGGCUUUCACGCGACCCGCCCAUCUACUACCACCUCCUAUGGAGUCUCCGCCUUGGGCGUACAUGCCACGCGCCGUCCCUCCGUUUCCGGUUUCGCAUGGUUGUGUGUUUUCUUCCACGUCCACGUCAGCAUUUGGGAUGAGGGGUGCAGGGAGCUUACCGUACGGUGGCAAUGUAGCGGAGUCAACGUUGAUGCCAGCUGGGCCUCGGAUUGGACGAGCCCAUAAUAAUGGGCCCUCACUGAGUAGGUUUUCUAGAGGCAAUGGUGGGCCAGGCUUUGAUGAUUCUUGCGGCUUGGAUCUGCAACUCAGCUUGGCCCCAGCCGCUCAUGAAUAAGGACCAUUAGCCACUAGCUAGUGUAGCGUCUAGGGUAGUUAUAAGAAUGUAACAGCUCUAGUAAUCGGCUUAUGGCUUUAGCUUCGGCUGUUGAGAAGCUGAUGUUAAUGAACAUUAUUGUGAUUUUAAUGUAGUUUUUUUAGUUUUUAUUUAUGAAA